AGCGUUCAUGAUAGAAAAGGAUUUUGAAAGUGGCCCCAGUUUUUGUAUGUGUCUUCAAUUAAUUUUUCCAAUUUAUAAGUGAUUUUGCAAUGGAAAAUGAUAUAUGGGAAUAUAAAAUCAAUUCUGUCAGACCUAAUUGCCUGCUAACAAAACUGGGUUGUCUUCCAUCAUUUUUAAGUCUGCUGGCUUUCCCAAAUUAAUGUUCUCUGUUUCUGAAAGCUGCUGAAUGAUGUAAUUCCUGUUUUUUUUUGGUGCAGUGUAAGACUCUUCCCUUGCCAUUUCACAAUUCUAAGAUUUUAUUUAUCUAGGAAUGCAGCAGAUAACCUAAUGAGAGACUGAACCCAGAAGCCUUAGACGGCAACCAUUAUGAUCUGCUGAGGUCAUAGGUAUAUUUACAUCAUAGCAACUGGCUACACAUUCUAUAUGCUGUGUGUUCUUUUAUAUGCUAAAAAUAGCAGUCAGUGCCGGGACAUUAAGUAGGAUUAUUUUCAUUAGUAAUUUUAAGAUAUGCCAGUGCCACAUUUUAAUAUUUUUAUAUAUACAGAGCCCCCAAACAAAAUUUAAUAAUGGAUACAAGCUCUUGGAGUGCUGUGGUUAUUUCACCCACUCAGCUAUCCUCAUUGCUACAGUACUCCAUGAACGUCUAUGAUGUAUCCUCUAUUGCUCAUUGAAAUGUUCAAAGCUGUCUGUGGAAUAACAUCAGAAUGAAGGUAUGCAAAGAAUUUGUUGUGAUGCCGUGUGAUGAAAUGCAGUCCUGAGCAUGUCUGCACAUAUCUUCUUCUCACUGGGCGCUGCCCCCUGACCAGUGCACACCGAUCUGUUCUCCCAAGGAAGAUGGUCUACUUGAGGGCUAAACAGCAACCGGCAGUGAGAUGGUGUCCCACUACUACCAUCCAAAGAGAUUUCGUGUUGCCUUUUGGAUUGUCGGUUUGUUCCCUGCAUGGGGUUGAAACUGUAUGUUGAGAGAAGUUGGCAAAGAGGUUUUGUUUUUCUUUGUAUUCUUUUUAUAAUUUAAGUAUACAUCUAAACAAUACAUACAAGGAAAAACUGUCCUAUUGAAUAUAUACAGUAGGAACAGCAGUGAGUGCUUAGCAGCACUGUUUGUUAACAUGUAUAAAAAUGAUUGGCUGAGGGGGGAGCUGGACAUUGAUACUAAAACUGUGCCACAGUCAGCAGGUUCUAAGCUAAUGAAAUUCCUUAUGGCUGUGCUUGGAAUUUGGCAAGGAUUGUUUGCUUGAGGCUAUUCUAUAAACAAGGAUGCUAGAGAAGCGGCUCUUCCCACAGUCCCCCGGCAUGGAGGAAUGACAUGUGGUCCCUGAAAAGCUGAAGUUUGGCAGCACUUUUCUUAUCUAAUGGUACAUCAUGGAGCUGAAAGUAUGGGUAGAUGGGGUCCAGAGAAUCGUCUGUGGAGUAACUGAAGCCACAACCUGCCAGGAGGUGGUGAUUGCUCUUGCUCAAGCUAUUGGUCGAACUGGAAGGUACACUCUGAUAGAGAAAUUGAGGGACACAGAGAGACACUUGGCCCCACAUGAGAACCCCAUUGUCUCCCUGAAUAAAUGGGGACAGUACGCCAGCGACGUGCAGCUAAUCCUGAAGCGAACUGGACCUUCCUUGAGCGAGAGGCCUACCUCUGACAGCAUGGCACGCAUACCGGAGAGGACUUUGUACAGGCAGAGCCUCCCACCCUUAGCCAAGCUCAGGCCUCAGAACGACAAGUCGCUCAAAAGGAAGGAACCCAAACGGAAAUCGUUAACUUUUACUGGAGGUGCCAAAGGACUGAUGGACAUAUUUGGAAAGAGCAAAGACACAGAGAUGAAGCAGAAAGCAUUGAACAAUAACUCCUCCAAGGCCAGUACCGAGGAGCUGAGCAAGCUGAUUCAUCUCCAGAAGGAGAAGCUGCAGGCCCUGGAGAGACAGCUGGAGAGCCACGAGGUGGAGCUGCGUUUCUGGGCAGAGAGGAAUAACAACGGGCUAGACGAAGAGAUCAUGAGGUUGGAGAAGAGGGUGAAGAAGAACGAGGUGCAGAUCGUGGAAGAGGAGUUCUGGCAAAAUGAGCUGCAGAUAGAGCAGGAAAAUGAGAAGCAGCUGAAGGAACAGCUGCAAGAGUUGAAACAGAAGACCUGGGAGUGUGAGGACAAGCUCCGGGAGUACACGGCCAAGAUCCAGAGCAUGGAGGCGGGCAUCGAGGCCGAGAAGCUCCAGCAGGAAAUACAGGUGACUCAGCAGGUCAAUGAGGAGGAAGUAAAGGCCAAGAUCCUCAGAGUCAAAGGAGAGCUUGAUAUCCAGAACCAGAACACUGCCAGGCUGGAGAACGGCUGCAGGGCUGUUGAGAGGUCUUUGGGUCAGGCUGCCAAAAGAUUGCAGGAGAAAGAACAGGAACUGGAACAGCUCACCAAGGAGCUGAGGCAAGUGAACCUACAGCAGUUCAUCCAGCAGACAGGAACCAAGGUCACAGUGCUGCCAGCAGAGUCCACUGAGGAGGAGCCUGCCCAGCUGGAGAACGAGUCAACAGCCCAGACCAACUCCCUGAAACGCCCAAGCUCAUCUCGACAACUACCCAGCAACCUGCGGAUUCUGCAGAACCCACUUUCCUCUGGUUUCAACCCUGAGGGCAUCUAUGUAUAAUUUUAAUGUGUACCUCCAAUUGGAACGUUAACAAGAAGAUUCAAAGGCACCACACCACUUUCUUCCAUUGCUGCAUGACUUUGCUCUGAAGUAGAAGCCAAAGUAUUACUGUGUGUCACGGAAGUCUGUACCAGUUGAGCCGUAACCCAUUGCACUGAAGCUACAGAAAAACUAAGCAUCUCUCCCUGGAGUUCUAAUUAAUAUACAGUGCUGACGAGCUUUCCAAGGGACAAAGCAGUGUUAGCCUAUUGACAGUCGGUGAUGCAACCAAAACAUACAGUAAUGGAAUACAAUUGAUUUGUACAGGAAGCAGAAAAUACAGCGGAGUGCCUAUUUUUCCUGUUUGUUUUGUGUUGAGCAUGGCAAUUACAUGUCAAUUAAUGAAGGAAGGUUUCAAACAAUUAAAUAUCUGAUGUUUGCUCAGUAGUGAAACGUGGAAUGGGGGAGUGGGGGGGUUGAUUCAGCUGCAGUUGAAACUUGAAUUCAUUUGAACCAAACCUGAUGACACUGUGGCCCAUAAGUACCAAAGGUGUGAAAGGAGUUAUGGACAGGAAAAGGUGUUUUGAAGCUGCCCGAUUUUAUGUUAAACUAAAAAGCCUUAUGUAGUGUGUUAUUUUUUGUUUUGUUUUUUGUUUUGUUUUGUUUAAAGCUUGGCCUGCUGUAAAUUCAAAAUUUAACUUUCUGACCUUUUCUAAAAAAAAAAACAUUUUAACAAGCAUUCAGACCGAGUGUGUAAAUAGGUACAGUAUUAAAACUGAACAUUAACUCAACAUGGUGUAAUUUGGCCUGUACAAAAACUUUAUCAAAUUGGUUUAAACUAGUUCUCAAUAACCUGGAACAGUGCUGCAGAUUUGCUGAAGUAAAUUCCUUUUGUAUUUGAAGUCACAACUCUUUAUAUACCAAGGGUCUGGGCAAACAUUGCUGGUGUAAACUAAAUUACAAGUUAUUUGCCUGAGCCAUCAGAUAUCCAGCCAUUGUUUAAGAUGGAAGGGUCAUUUUCCAUACCCUUAUGAAAAUGAAUGUGAUCAUAAUUAAUGGUGGCUGAAAUUUGUAGAAAUAAAAUCGCCUCAAGAAUGGAGUGUUAUCAGAUCAGUAGCUUUCAUGUAAAGUACAGUAGGAGGACAAGCUUAAAGAAUAAUAGAUGUGAACAACUAUAACAUAGAUAAGCAGGCCUGCCCAUUCAAAUAACUCAACUUUGAAGCUGUAGUAUAUCGAUCAACAGAUGCCAGGCUAAUCUAAUGUCCUCUGCUUGUGUAUCUUAGAUCAGUGGUUCUCAAACUUUUUGGACCAUACCCACCUUCCUCUUGUCUGUGGUACUUGACCUCCAGCCCCCAUGUGCACAUGUACAUAUACCCACAAAAUCCAACAUGCCACUGGCUUAUCUGUAUGUCACUGAUGUGUGUUUUUAUUUUUUUCUUUUGCAUGAACUAGCCACCAAUCCAUCUUAAGAGCAAACUUAACACAGCAAAUAAUAGUUUACUGAUUGUGUCCAAAGCUUACCAAUGUGCACACUACAUAGUAAGCCAAAAAACAACAUACAUCACCAGAUGGCAUCAGACUUCGGCCAAUAAUAUAAUAGCUUAAAUAAAAGGCACCAGUAAGAUUUGCUUCAAGUUUAUCUAUCUAUCUCUAUCUAUCUAUCUAUCUAUCUAUCUAUCUAUCUCACCCUGAUUGUCUGGGGUAAGAGUUAUCUGCCUCCUUUGAUUCACUGUAUUAGAAUACAAUUUUAGAACAGGAUAAUUCUGUUUGCAAAAACAAAAUCUUAAUUUGAACACCAAUGUUAUGUUGCAGCUAUAGUUUGUGCACAAAGACACUACACAAAAUUAUAGACUGUAUAUGCUAAAUGUACUUUAAGCAAUAAACAAGCUUGCCAGUAGAAGACAUUUAAGUUUUUUUUAUUUUCAUUUUAUUUUUUUUUAUUUUUAUUUUUUUUACUUUUCCCUACAAGUCCGAGUCAUUGACUGCAGAAUGAGCCAGCCAAAAUGUUUAAUUAAAUAAAAAUCAAAGUGAGACAAAAAUGAACAAAAAGUCCUUAGAUUUAAUGUUCUUUCCAGAACUACAUGGUUUGAUCUUCUUUAUUAAGCUACUGACACUGACAGAAAAGGUAAUAAGUGAUAAUGUGGUAAUAAGUGACUUCAAAUAACUUGAAUGUUCUGCAGUUUUGUUUACGGGAGCAUCCAUUGUGAUGCAUUUUAUAAGCAGGAAGGGAAUAAUAGCUUUUCCACUGCGUUCCCAGCUUUGAACUUGUUGUUUCACCAAUGAGGAAUAUGUAAUGUAUGAAGAAAGAUUUUUGUGAGUGCGUAAUGAGGAACGCACAGGAAUAGUAUUUUUUUUUUUUUUGGGGGGGGGGGGCAACAGGACGCAUGCCUUAUAUUAUACAACAUUGUGUACAUAAUUACAAAUUGUUCAAUAAAUAUUUUUUUUUGAAGAGGUGUAAAAUAGCACAUAGUACUGUACAGGAUAUCUACCGUUACAUUUUUUUUAUUAUUAUGCCAUCUUACGGAUUUGUUUGGAGAACGGGGAAAGACAAGUGCAUGUUUGUACACUCGCUGUAAUAUAAGCAUGUUUUGGAUGAUGGAUAUAAGUUGUAUAGUCUUGACAAAACAAACGGUUUGUAAAUGUAUUUAUUUAGCGCUGAUGCUUUUGAUCUGUUAAAACGAUCUGUUACAUUAUUCUGUGAAAUAUUAAUAAGCUGCAUUCAAAAGCCAACUUUAAUUUGUUUGUAAACAAAAGGGUUAAUAUGAAAACUAGCCAUGUGUGAAAUGGCCCUUAAUGCAAUAUAUAUAUAUAUAUAUAUAUAUAUAUAUAUAUAUAUAUAUAUAUAUAUAUAUAUAUAUAUA